UCAUCACCCUUAGAUAUUUUUAAUGAGACAGCAUUAUCUCAUACCAUGACAGCUAGAAAAUAUUUAUUUUGGCAUUAUCUGAGCAGAUUCUCACAUACUGAACUCUCUUAAAAAUGCUUUUCCUCCAAACAAAAAUAUCUUGGCCACUGCUGAAGAAAAAUCAUGUCAGUAAGAAUUUGAUGAAUGUGCUACAUAUUUGAUUUUGUAAUUGACUUCUACAGAAUGUUUUCAGAAAUGUCCAUGGUCUUACUCCCAGAGAUUGUAUUACUACAGAAGCUGUCAGGAAAGCCUUGGAAACCUCCAAACCCGAGAAAACUGUACCGUCUUCACCACAGGUCAUGUCGCAGGUGCCCCGUUACAACCGUCUAGUACUGCUCCCUACUGGGCUAACGAGAGAUCAGAAGAGACAGCUGGAGAAGUGCGCCAAGCUUCUGAAUGCAGGUCUUGCCACAGACUUCAGUCUUGAAGUGACCCAUGUGGUGACAACAGUGAAUGCUGAAGGCAUGUGUCCCAGAACUAUGAAAUAUUUACAGGCAGUGCUCACUGGAAAGUGGGUGGUGAACUUUGAGUGGGUUUCUCUGUGUCUGGAGUACAAACACCAUGUGUGUGAGGAAGCCUUUGAAGUACCAGGGAGCAGCACCAACCCUGACUCCCAGGCUCCAAGGCUGAGCAGGUUAAAUGCAGAAAGACAGCUUCCUGGCUUAUUCAAUGGCUGCCAUUUCUUCUUCCAUGGCACAUUCACCUAUCCCAGUCCCUCCAAGGAUGACCUUGUCCAGUUGGUCAAAUACGGUGGGGGUGUUGUCUUGGCCAGAGAGCCCAAACUAGACACCCUGGACAACCUGGACAAUACUGUCCCUUACCACGCCAAACUGGACACUGACCUGGCCAACUGCGGUCACUACAUUGUCCAGGAUAAGGUAGCAGAGGAUGCUGGGAAGAGUUCCGAGGGUAGCAGCUCACGGCUGCGUAGAGUCAGUGCUGCCUGGGUGAUGGAUUGCGCAGCGCGUUUCUGCUUGUUGGACACAGAGGGAUAAAGCUAGGGUGGAAAUGACACAAGUACUUCAGAGGGAAAGUUGGUCUUGAUUUUUACGCAAAACUUUGCUCUACUUACAUUUUGAGAAAUCCACAGCUUAUGAUAGCCCACUAGAAUAGAAAAACAGAUAGUCUAUAGAAAUUAAAGCCUUCUGGAUUUAUUUGGAAAUCCUGGUGUUUGGGUGUUAGAUUUAGGGUGCAUUCCCAUAGAUUUUAGAACGAUCUAUCCCCGUGGGGAGUCUCACUAGAUUACUGUCAGAUA